CGGUACGGUAAGCAAGACUCUAUCUGUCAUCGAGAUUAGCUCAAGACGUAAUAUUUAGUCCUUCAUCAUCUUCAAGAAGGCGCCGAAGCUCUUCCUGAUACCUCUCUUCCUCAACAACUUUCGUCUUCACAAUUUGCUCCACAUUCUCUUGCCAUACGGUCGACACCAGCUUCACCUUGGCCACCAAAUCUCUGUCGGCGGAAAAUUUGGGAAGAAGAUGAUCCUCAAAUAUAAAGGGCCAGGCAUUGAGAGAUCUGAUGCAGGCCCAGAACCACACUCGCUUAGACACCCAAGAGUCUCUCAUUGUCCUUGUGAGCUGGAUGUUGUUAUGCUCAUGCUGCAAAUUCUUGGCCUCUUCAUCCUCCAUGAUGCCCAAGAAAAUUUGUCGCGCCUCAUUGAAUUUGUCGUACCGUUCGUCAAUGAUAUCAUCGAUACUGCAGUUCGUAAGCCAGUACGGCACUGACAGAAUUUCCGCGGGGAGAGCACAGAUCCACUCAAGGUCGAUCAGGCAAGUGAUAUUCCAGUCGUCGUCCACAAAGAUAUUGCUUUGAUGGAAGUCGGUCAGUUGGAGGAUGAAAGGACCACUUCGUUGACUGCGAUUUAUGAAAUGAUGCGACACGGCUCGAAGUAAUGUCCUGAUGGCCAUGCGUUCGCGGGCAUCGUCCUCAUCCCGCACCGCGUGAGGAUCAUGGAGUAAAUGGUUGUCAUACUGCGUGAGCAUAUCCGAAACAAAGCUGUCUGUAUCCUGAUAUGUUUGGAACGGCUGAAUGGUUCGCGGAGUCCCGCUGUGCUCGAAUAUCAUCGUGUUACACAUCAGAGGUCGGUUCGUCAAUGUAAUGGUGGAAUCACUCGGGUUGAACACGAAGGAUCCAAUAGUCGGUUGUGGGAGACGCGCGAGUGAAAGUAUGAUGCGGGACAUGCCUUGGAAAAGACGAGCUCGUCGCAUCGAGUCGUGAAGAUGCUCCGUCCACGUCAGGGAAAGCAUUUUACCCGUCUGCGGGCCGAUAUAUUCGAGAAGCAUGUACGCCAUAAGUGUAUGGACGGCCGGUACUACCCUUCGAUUCUGAGUCGGAGCGUAGUUCGAGAGGAGCGGAAGACCUAGGAUACGGUGCAUCCAUCUCCAGAGAUAUCGCGAAAUACGCGUAUAAAAGGGUGCUUGCUUGAUAUGGGUAAACUAGGUCGGGUCACGAUAACGUGUGAGUAAAUAUUAACGCCGAAAGAAAGCAAGAGCUUCGACGACGAACCUGACUACCAUCGACGAAACCAAAGGCAUAGAGUCUCGGUAUUCGAAUGUCGGAACAGUACUCUUGCAUCCAUAUAUAGGCAGCGACUUCACAUCGCACCUUUUCAUCGAUUGUCCCAGGAUACUGGGCUUCCGCUAGUUUGUGGGGCAUGGGACACCGGAAAACAAGUCUGGUCGGGCUACCACCAACUGUGAUAUCGAUCAAGACACAAAUAUUGAAUCCGCCUUGGAUCCACGAGUCAGGUGUGAGAACCGUGCAGCCAUCGUCUUUGCGCAGGUGAAGAUGGCUUCUGACCAAGUCCGCGAUCGACUCUCUCCGGGACCAAAGCAGAUGCCGGAAGCUCUCAGCCGCGCGCUGAUGUCGGAUGAAAAGAACAAGAUUGCUUUCAUCCUCGGCGGCUGAUUUCAUCGACAGCAAACGACCAUGGUACAGUAGAUUGGGCGGCAUUAUAUUGGCGAAAUCUGAUUACCGCGUCAACUGUAAAUACAGACCUGGCGCGUUUUUCUAGAAAGACAUUAAUACAUUCCAGCCAAGUCGACGUCUCAACUUAUUUAGUUUAAAGCCAGAAGAAGACAGACCCGGGGGGGAAUAUUUUGGUUAUUGAUAUCAUCGCACUCAACGGCAUGCCCAAGGCCGCACAUUGCUGGUUGAAUGGAAUGAUACAGUACAGUUAUUGAGUGGCCUUCAAAGCGACUCCUGAACCAACAAUAACCGAGUGGGAAGCCCGGAAUUUGGAUGUUCCGAACUGGGAACCCAGGGGGCCAAUUUAUGCGACUCAGGAUCGCACAGCCACAGCUCAGGCUUGCCAGCCUUGCCAGGGAUUAAAGGAGGAUGGAUCUUCACCAGAUAUCCGCCAGUACGCAUCGUACAAGAGAUCAUGCAUCGACGUGUGAGGACAAUAGUCCGGCAUCCUAACGGAGGCUUUCAAGCAGCGUAGGCAAACUCCCGGCUGGUACUCUUCCAGUUCUCGAGCUGCCUCCCGCAUGUGCCAUGUCCAAUUCAUGCUGCAUGGCGCGCACUCAAGUUCUGGCGCACAUUGGGAAGUGUUGCCUGUGCCAAAUGAGUCUAUGACUUUCCCAAGGUCACGAAGUGCACGGUUAACCGACACUCUCAGUCUACCAGGGCAGUGUCCGAACGCGCACAGACGCGCAAAGAGGUUUGCUGCGUUCAUGGCUUGGCCAACACAGAGUCGAGGAACUUCCACUUUGUCGUCGUCAUUGUCGUCGGAUCUUUCCAUGAGGCGAAACGGUUGCGAGGCUUGUGAACUUCUCACCCCAAGAAGCAUACAAAUGAUUCUGUGGCAACUAUGAUGAAGCUCGUCCAUCUUGGCCUUGUACAGGUCAAAUAGCCAAUCUGGACACACAGAAAGUCAGUCGCACAUCCAGGAAUCAUGAACGACCGCGGUAGACAGCUCACCUAUGAAAUGUUGUUCUUGCACCUGGAGAGGAGGCUUGCGUAAGGCAAGCCCACUUAACGCGUUGUGGUCUACAUAUCGUACUGCGCUUUGAGAAAGUCGGUAGAAUGCAUCUUCGUCAUUGAAA